AUGGUGCCUCUCCGCUGGUGUAUGCUGUGGCUGCUGUUACCACUCAGCUCCAGGACCCAGAAGCUACCCACUCGAGAUGAAGAACUCUUUCAGAUGCAAAUUCGGGACAAGGCAUUUUUUCAUGAUUCGUCAGUAAUUCCAGAUGGAGCUGAAAUUAGCAGUUAUCUCUUUAGAGACACACCUAAAAGGUAUUUCUUUGUGGUUGAAGAAGACAACACACCGUUGUCAGUCACAGUGACUCCCUGCGAUGCGCCCUUAGCGUGGACACUGAGCCUCCAGGAGCUGCCAGAGGAGGCGAGCGGGGAAGGCUCAGGUGAUCCAGAGCCUCUGGCUCAGCAGAAGCAGCAGAUCAUUAAUGAGGAAGGUGCAGAGUUAUUCUCCUACAAAGGCAACGACGUGGAAUAUUUCAUGUCUUCUAGUUCUCCAUCUGGUUUAUAUCAGUUGGAGCUUCUUUCAACAGAGAAAGACACACAUUUCAAAGUAUAUGCCACCACAACUCCAGAGUCUGACCAGCCCUACCCUGAAUUACCUUAUGACCCAAGAGUCGACGUUACCUCCCUGGGAUGCACCACGGUCACUCUGGCUUGGAAACCGAGCCCCACGGCCUCUUUGCUGAAACAACCCAUUCAGUACUGUGUGGUCAUCAACAAAGAGCACAAUUUCAAAAGUCUCUGCGCAGUGGAAGCGAAGUUGAGUGCAGACGACGCUUUCAUGAUGGCACCAAAGCCCGGUCUGGACUUCAGCCCUUUUGACUUUGCCCACUUCGGAUUUGCUUCGGACAAUUCAGGUAAAGAGCACAGCUUCCUGACAAAGCCGUCUCCAAAACUGGGGAGGCAUGCCUACUCGAGGCCCAAGGUUGACAUUCAGAAAAUCUGCAUAGGAAACAAGAAUAUCUUCACCGUCUCAGAUCUGAAACCCGAUACGCAGUACUACUUUGACGUCUUCGUGGCCAACAGCAACAGCAGUAUGAGCACUGCUUACGUGGGCACCUUUGCCAGGACCAAGGAAGAAGCGAAACAGAAGACAGUUGAGCUGAAAGAUGGGAAAGUUACGGAUGUGUUCGUGAGAAGGAAGGGGGCAAAGUUUCUACGGUUUGCUCCAGUCUCAUCUCACCAAAAAGUCACCUUAUUUAUUCACUCUUGUCUGGACGCUGUCCAAAUCCAAGUGAGAAGAGAUGGGAAACUUCUUCUGUCUCAGAACGUGGAAGGCAUUCGACAGUUUCAGCUGAGAGGAAAACCUAAAGCCAAAUAUCUCAUUCGACUGAAAGGAAACAGGAAGGGAGCAUCUAUGUUGAAAGUACUAGCUACCACCAGGCCCAGUAAGCAGUCAUUUCCCUCUCUCCCUGAAGACACACGCAUCAAAGCCUUCGACAAGCUGCGUACCUGUUCUUCAGCCACCGUGGCUUGGCUAGGCACCCAGGAAAGGAACAAGUUUUGCAUCUACAAAAAGGAAGUGGAUGAUAAUUACAGUGAAGACCAGAAGAAAAGAGAGCAAAACCAAUGCCUUGGACCAGAUACAAGGAAGAAAUCAGAGAAGGUCCUCUGUAAAUAUUUCCACAGUCAAAACCUGCACAGAGCAGUGACCACAGAAACAAUUAAAGGUCUUCAGCCUGGAAAAUCUUACCUGCUGGAUGUUUAUGUCACAGGACAUGGGGGGCACUCUGUGAGGUAUCAGAGUAAAGUUGUAAAAACCAGGAAGUUCUGUUAG